UAUAAAUAACUCCAUUAACACAAUCAUCUCCAAGCAAACCAAGAAAGUAAAGAAAACAGAGAGUUUAAUCACCCUAAUAUGGAUACAAAACUUAUAGUUCUAUGCUUCUUGCUAACGUACUCCUUGACCAUGGCGGCAGUCUCAUCGGAAGCUGAGCCUCCAACAACAAGGAAAUUCGGCAGGCACGAUUGGCCAGAAGCGGAGGCAGAAGCACCGGAGUUUUCACAUUUGGAAGAGACUGUACGGCGAGGCCACCACCAUUCCACGGUGGAAAGAUCGGUCGCAGGCGGUGGAGUUAUUCUUGGAGGCUUAGCGACUACGUUUCUUGUGGUGGUGUUUUGCUAUAUAAGGGCUACGAGGAAACACAAACCCAAUUAUGAUGAAAAGGAGACUGAGACCCCUAAGGUGUUAGUUUAGUUUUGACUUUUCGUAAAUCUUUGUAAAUUUUUUCAUUGGUUGUUUUCUUGUGAUGUAAAAUGAUUUUGUUUUAUUAUUUGUCUUCUUCAUAAUUAGUUAUAUAAAUUGAGCUUCAUUCUCCUCGUAUAUUCUCUGUUUAUUUUCCAAAUCAGUUCAAAUUUUAGAGCUAAUUCUACUACAGUACUAAUUAAAUAGAAGAAGUGACGUGACAUACAGUAAAACUUUUCUUUAAAAAAAAAACAAAAGACAAAAAACAAAUUCAGCUCGAACCUAGGAUCGAUCUGAUUUUAGUGAAAUCAAAACUAUAAUGUCAUCUAAAUAAUGUGGACAGUAUUAGAGAGUCCAUAAGAAGCCCAAAAAGAAUCUCAUGAGAAAUCCACAAGCCCAUGUAAUUAGGUUAUCUAAGCAAGUAGUCUCUUAUAUAAAUAGUCAUGUAAUGAAGAACAAUGUGAUUAACCUAGAGAGUUGCCACAUUGAGCAACUCUCCUCUUUCCCAUUUUAUGAAAUCAAAUCUAAAGUUUUAAGUGUUCUUGGUGA